AUGGAGAAACUUGAGAAACAAGGUCCUGUUCAGCUGGAAAUGCUAAACAAAUAUGCUACAGACUUAAACAAAAUGGCAAAAGAGGGCAAGUUGGAUCCUCUCAUCGGAAGGCAACAGGAACUUGAACGUGUCAUCCAAAUACUGUGUAAAAGAAGGAAGAAUAACCCAUGCCUUAUUGGCGAUCCUGGUGUUGGAAAAACUGUAAUCGUUGAAGGCUUAGCACAGAGGAUUACAAAUAAUACUUCUCCAAUAUAUCCCUUGGACAUGGGGCGGCUUAUAGCUGGGGCAUCGAAUCGAGGAGAAUAUGAGGAGAGGUUGACGAAAUUGAUAGAUGAAGUAAAACUGAGUGAAGGAUCCAUCAUCCUCUUCAUUGACGAGGUGCACACUCUUAUAGGUGCUGGUUCUUGAGGACAAGCAGUAGAUGCUGCUGACAUAAUGAAACCUGCCCUUGCAAGAGGAGAAUUAAGGUGCAUUGGUGCCACAACAUUUGAUGAAUACAAGAAGUAUAUUGAGAAGGAUGCUGCCUUGAAAAGGCGGUUUCAGCAGGUUUUAGUGCCUGAACCAUCAGUGGCUGGGACAAUUGAGAUUCUGCUAGGUUUGUGCUCAAAAUAUGAAUCUCAUCACAAUGUUAAAUACACAUCGAACGCUUUAGCAGCAGCCGCUCAGCUUUCGCAUCAGUAUAUCAGUGAUCGGUUUAAUCCCGACAAAUUGAUAGACUUGAUUGAUGAAGCUGGCGCCAAAUUGGUUAUACAUCAAACAAAGGGAUCACUAGGAACAAAAAUGUUGAUAACUGAAGAUAAUAUAAAGGAGAUGGUCUCUACCUGGACCGGAAUUCCAGCGGAGAAAAUUUCCAGUGAAGAAUCUCACCAGCUUUUGCAAAUGGAAAAGACUUUGCAGAAGCACAUUAUUGGUCAGGCCGAAGCUGUUGAAGCUAUAAGCCGUGCCAUCCGUAGAGCAAGAGUGGGAAUCAGAGACCCAAGUCGCCCGAUAUCAAGCUUCUUAUUCACUGGUCCUAUUGGGGUUGGAAAAACAGAACUUGCAAAAGCUUUAGCAGUCGAAUAUUUUGGGUCGAAAGACGCCAUGAUAAGAAUCGACAUGAGCGAGUACAUGGAGAGACAUACUGUUUCCAAGUUUUUUGGUUCGCCUCCGGGUUAUGUUGGCUCUGUAAAUGGUGGCCAACUUACAGAAGCUGUACGCCACCGGCCUCACAGUUUGACCCUCUUCGAUGAGAUUGAGAAGGCUCAUUGUGAUGUAUUGAAUAUUAUGCUUCAGGUUUUAGAUGGUGGUCGUUUAACAGAUAACAAAGGGCAGACCGUGGACUUCAAAAACACCAUUAUAAUAAUGACCUCAAAUAUCGGUGGUAAUUUGAUUUUCAAGAAAAGUCAUCUGGGGUUCGACCAUGUGGAGAUGAAAGUUGCAGAGUAACUGAAAAAGAAUUUCAAGCCAGAGUUCUUGAACAGGAUUGAUGAAGUGAUUGUUUUCAGGCCAUUGAGUAACUCGCAGCUGAAAGAAAUCGUGGAGAUCAUGCUGAAACAAGUGUACGAAAGACUGAAAGAAAAGAACAUAAAGGUUGAAGUCACAGAGAGAUUCAAGGAAGAAAUUGUGAAAGAAGGUUAUAAUCCCAGCUAUGGAGCGAGGCCUUUGAGAAGGGCAAUUGGGAGCCUCUUGGAGGACAAUUUGGCAGAGAGGAUAUUGAAUGGAAGCAUUAAACAGGGCGAUUCAGUGACAAUACAUGUUGAUUCAAAUGGCAAAAUAUUGGUGCAUUGCAAAAUCUCAGCGACUUUUGGGAAUGGAAAAGGCUCUCUGCAGAGGAAUAUAAUUGGGCAGCUAGAAGCUGUUGAGGGCGUCAGCCGCGCCGUGCGUAAAGCUAAAGUGGGAAUUAGAGACCUGAGCCAACCUUUAUCAAGCUUUUUAUUUGCUGGUUCUAAUGGCGUUGGAAAAACAGAACUUGCAAAAGCCUUGGCAGUUGAAUAUUUUGGGGGCUACGAAGACGAUGGUCAACUGACUGAAGCUGUAUAUAAGAAGCCUCAUAGUGUGGUUCUCCUUGAUGAGAUGGUGAAGGCUCAUCCUAUUGUGUAG